AUGCCUCGCGAGCUGCCCAUCGCACUCCUGCCCGCCUUCCCGCGUUCAUAUCACCCUUCCCUUUCCCUUCUCCUCCGCUCCUUCUUCCCCUUCAUGCUGUGUGUCUCUCCACCUCCCAUCCUUCGUCGAAUCUCAUCCAGGAAGUCCUCUCCCACCCACUCCGUCUCUUCCAAGAGGAGCUUCUCCGACUUCGCCCUCGUCAAGCGGGCCUACUUGUCUCGAGGUGACUCCAAGCAGAGCGAACGGACUUUGGUCGAAACCAGCGAGCCCCAGGAGCUUAAAAUCCCCUUCCAGGUCGAUGUCCUUCUCAUUGAAGCCCCCACCCCUCCGCCCAAGGAUAGGUUCGAGGUGACCGCUUACCCGGAGCGUCACCCUCUGGAACGUCACCAGAAGCCUUUGCCUAUACCCCGGCUGGAGCUGACCCUCGAGGACACGGAACCGAUAUUCCCCUGGUACAGGCGCAGGUUCAUCUAUCCCGACACUGGAUCCCGUUAUACCCCCUCUCAGCCGUCAGUAUUUCCCCGUUCCGACUUUGCCUUCGCCGCUCCUGCAUCGGGCAAGACCGGUUUGAACCUGUUCGGUGGACUAGUCAACGAUCGAGCCAAGAACGACGUUUACUCCAUCUCGGCGCAAGACCAGGGCGUCACUCGUUUGUACACCAUCGGUGACAUCCCUUCACCUCGCUUUGGGCAAAAGAGCGCGUUUGCGGGCAGCGUCCUUGUCAUCUCGCGAGUGGACGCGCAUCACUGUCGACGGGCCGUCACCCACCGGUCGAAUUGGGCACUCGCUUGUGAUGAUCGGCCCGAAGAUUACAUUUUCGGAGGAGAGGCCAACGGAGCCUUAUUCAACGAUCUGUGGUGUUUCGAUCUCAGUUCUCUCGUCUCGAAGCCUUACUGGGAGUAUAUUCACUUUCCCUCACCCAAAGGCAACUCGGGUCAGAUGCCGUCCCCGCGCUCUGGGCAUACCUGUAUCGCUCACAAAGGACAACUUAUCAUGUUCGGCGGCACGGACGGGCAGUAUCACUACAACGACACGUGGGUCUUCGAUCCGGCAUCAAGGUCCUGGACUGAGCUGUCAUGCUUCGGAUACAUUCCCACCCCGCGCGAGAGCCAUGCCGCCGCGAUCGUAGACGACAUCAUGUAUGUCUAUGGCGGGCGUGGUGUCGAUGGCGCCAACAUGGGCAGUCUGGCUGCGUUCAAGAUCUCGACCCGGCGCUGGUUCAUGUUUCAGAAUAUGGGACCAGAGCCUUCACCGCGCUCGGGACAUGGCAUGGCAGCAGUCGGCUCCAAAGUGUAUGUCCUCGGAGGCGUCAGCGAAGAAGAUAUGAGCGGUUCUGGCAAAGAUGCCAAUUUCAUGUAUAUUCUGGACACGAAAAACAUCAAGUUCCCCACCACCAAGCACUCUGCUCCUCGCCACAAGGCGCUGCUUUCUUGA